ACAACUACAACCAAAUAAUCUAUAUUCUCUCUAGAACUACUCUUUCUACAUUUUCAUCAUUCUUAUAUCUACUAGAAUAUAUACUUAUAAGUUAUAGCAAUAGCAAUGGUAGCACCUUCUCCAACUUCAAUGAUGCCAAGAACCAAAAAAACUAAGGCAGUUGGAAUUCCGACAAUCGACCUUUCCAUGGAAAGGUCAGAGUUGUCGGAAUUAGUAGUGAAAGCAUGUGAGGAAUAUGGUUUUUUUAAGGUUGUGAAUCAUAGUGUACCAAAAGAGGUUAUUUCAAGGUUAGAAGAAGAAGGAACAGAGUUUUUCUCAAAAACCUCUUCAGAGAAACAUCAAGCUGGUACUUCUACUCCUUUUGGUUAUGGUUGCAAAAAUAUUGGUCCCAAUGGUGAUAUGGGUGACCUUGAAUAUCUUCUCCUUCAUACCAAUCCUAAUUCAAUCUCUGAAAGAUCCAAAACCAUAGCAAAAGAUCAUCCUAUCAAGUUCAGUUGCAUCAUCAAUGAUUAUGUAGAAGCCGUUAAAGAAUUAACAUGUGAGAUUCUUGAGCUAGCAGCAGAAGGAUUGUGGGUCCCUGACAAGUCCUCAUUCAGUAAUAUUAUCAAAGAUGUUCAUAGUGACUCACUCCUUAGAAUCAAUCACUACCCUCCAGUUAAGAAAGGCAAAGAUAAUUGGGACCCAUCAAAACUACAAAGUAAUAAUACUAUUGGAUUUGGAGAGCAUUCUGACCCUCAGAUCUUAACCAUCUUACGGUCUAACAAUGUUGGUGGCCUUCAGAUUUCAACUCAGCACGGUCUUUGGCUCCCUGUCCCUCCUGACCCCAAUGAAUUCUAUGUCAUGGUUGGAGAUGCCCUUCAGGUUUUGACAAAUGGAAGGUUUGUGAGUGUGAGACAUAGAGUUUUGACAAACACAACAAAGCCUAGAAUGUCAAUGAUGUACUUUGCAGCACCACCAUUGAAUUGGUGGAUCAGCCCAUUAUCAAAGAUGGUUACAGCCCAUAAUCCAAGUCUAUAUAAGCCCUUUACAUGGGCCCAAUAUAAACAAGCAGCAUAUGCUCUUAGAUUGGGAGAUACAAGACUAGAUCAAUUCACAAGGUUCCAAAAACAAGAAGCUAGUAAAAAUGAAACUGAUUCUCACUCUCCCUAAAACUUGAAUCAAAUUCAUUGUUCAUAGCCACUUAUUUUGUUUUCAUUAUUGUCUCUUGUUGUAUACUAGUAGUAUAUAGUUUUGAUAUUUAUGUUGAUUUGAAAAGUUAGUUUGAGUGAUUUAGUGAUCUAUGUUAGUCCACCUAGCUAGUUGGUAUUGUAAAAUAUAAUAUAGGCAAUCUUCCAAGUCCUCCUAUAAGGAAAUUUUGAUCACAUGAAUGAUGUUCAAUG